GAGAGAUGAUGGCUCUGAAGCAAAGCCCUUCAACGUCUGUGGAAAUGGAACUUUGGUGAGGAAAGGAAACAAAAGCAACGUCCGAUCAUGACGUGGAGGAACCCUCUGGCUCUGGUGAGGGAUGCUCUGCAAGGUCAAAGGGCGCGGGAGAGGGAACUCCGCAGCUUGGUGUCCAAUCUACCAUACGAGGGACUGGAGAAGGUGAAGCAACCCAAUCGCUUCUUCAUUUCUAACGCCAUCAAAACCACAAAGUACUCGCUGCUGCUAUUCCUUCCCAUGAACCUUUAUGAGCAGUUUCACCGCUUGGCAAACCUCUACUUUGUGGGCCUAGCCAUCUUGAACUUUAUCCCCGUGGUGAACGCAUUCCAGCCUGAGGUGGCCCUGAUCCCCAUCUGUGUCAUCAUGUUGCUGACGGCCCUGAAGGAUGGCUGGGAGGACUUUAGGAAGUACCAGUCGGACAGGAAGGUCAACAACACUCCAUGUUUUAUUUAUAGCAGGAGGGAGAAGCAAUAUGUGGAGAGACGCUGGAAGGAUGUGCGAGUGGGAGACUUUGUGCGGGUUGUUUCCAACGAGAUCGUCCCAGCAGACCUGCUCCUCCUCUAUACAUCUGACCCUAACGGUGUUUGCCACAUAGAGACGGCCAGCCUGGAUGGGGAAACCAACCUGAAGCAGAGGACAGUUGUUUCUGGAUUUUGGGCAGCGAAUCUUGGAUUUGAGCCGGAGAGCUUCAAUUCGGUUGUGGUGUGCGAAAGGCCCAACAACAAUCUGAAUCAUUUCAAGUGUUUUGUAGAGAAACCUGAUAAAGAAAAGGUGGGCGCCAGCAUUGAGAGUUUGCUGCUGCGAGGCUGCACAGUGAGAAACACAAAUCAUGCUGUUGGCUUUGUGGUGUAUGCAGGCCAUGAAACCAAGUCCAUGCUCAACAGCAAUGGGUCGAGAUACAAGCGAAGCAAACUGGAGCGGAAGCUAAAUGUCGACGUCUUCUUCUGCCUCAUUCUCCUCUUCACCAUGUGCCUCAUCGGAGCUCUUGGUCACUACCUGUGGUUGGAGUCACUGCCAGGUGUGCCCUCUUUCUUGGUUCCUGACAGCAACGGUCACCUGGAUGCCCCCAGUCUUGAGAGUUUCUACAUGUUCUUCACGAUGGUCAUCCUUCUUCAGAUCCUGGUUCCCAUUUCUCUCUAUGUGUCUGUUGAACUGGUAAAAGUGGGUCAGAUCUUCUUCAUCACUAAUGACAUCGAUCUGUACGAUGAGGAGACAGACAGUCGGGUCCAGUGUCGGGCUCUGAACAUCACGGAGGACCUCGGACAGAUUGAAUACAUCUUCUCAGACAAGACGGGCACCCUCACGGAGAACAAGAUGGUGUUCCGACGGUGCUCCGUCAUGGGAACUGAGUAUCCACACAAAGAAAACGCUAUCCGCCUUGAUGUCAUUGAUGAGCUUGAGUCUGAGGAGGAGGUUAUCUUCAACCAGCACCAACAACUCCCACGAACCAGGUGGUCCUUGGAAGCCGAGGGCAUCAGCCCGGCAGACACACAACGGCAUGACAGAAGGCGCAAAAGCAAGGUGUCAGCGACUGCACACAGUGAUGCGGCGUUCAGCAGUCCACUGGAAACUGAGGUGAUUCCAGACCAGAAGCUGGUUCAGCAGAUUAGCAGAGCAGAGAGCAGCGGUGGCCGCAGAGACGGCAACCGAAAUUUUGAUCCUCACCUGGACUUCUUCCUGGCUCUUGCCAUUUGCAACACCGUUGUUGUUUCAAUGGAAAAUGCUCACAGACGGAGGGAGUCCACGUCUCCACACUCCAGCAGCCAGACGAACAACCCUUUGGAAACCUUUUCAAAUUUGGUGAAAAAAGCCGGGGCUUUCUUCCAGCGCAGCAAGAGGAAACGUACUCACUCAGAAGACCCAGUCAUGGACUCUGCAAAAACGGAGAACGAGGCAGACACAAACGGACUCCGGACUUGUUCUCUCCAUCCUCCGUCUCAAAAUGGCAACACCAUAGUAGAGGCAGAGGAGCUGUGCUAUGAGGCGGAGAGCCCCGAUGAGGCCGCCUUGGUGUACGCAGCCAGAGCAUAUGGCUUCAUCCUGCUGGCACGGACCCCUGACAGUGUGACUGUGAGGCUCCCAUCUGGGAAGGACCUGGUGUUUGAGGUGCUGGACACCUUGACCUUUGACUCCAACAGAAAGAGGAUGUCUGUUUUGGUGAGACAUCCAGUCACCAAAGACUAUGUGCUGUACACUAAAGGUGCAGACUACUCCAUUAUGGAGCUACUUGGAACACCUUAUGCAGAAAACUUCAGUGGUAUUGAGAAAAAUAUAGCAGCUGACACUCAAUACCACCUUGACUGCUAUGCAAAGGAGGGCCUCCGCACACUUUGCAUUACAAAGAAAGUUGUGAGUGAGAGCACGUAUCAAAGCUGGUUAGGUGAGAGAAAAAGGGCGCAGGCUGCUAUGGAGUGCAGAGAGGAGCUCAUCAUGAGAACCGCUGUGCAGCUGGAGACAAACCUCACUCUGCUAGGGGCGACGGGCAUUGAGGACCGUCUGCAGGAGAACGUCCCAGACAGCAUUGUGGCUCUGCGGGAGGCAGGGAUCCAUGUGUGGGUGCUGACAGGUGACAAGCCAGAGACGGCUGUCAACAUCGGCUAUGCCUGCAGGCUACUGGAGGAGGAAGACCUGGUGAUUAACAUGAGCUGCAAAAACAAGGUUACGUGCACGUCCAUCCUGGACUGCACUCUGGAGGAGGUGAGGAGGUACAGAGACGACCCUCGCAACGCUGGCACCACCCAGAACAUUUCUCUGGUGAUUGACGGAAACACUCUAGACAUGGCUAUGAAGCCUGACCUGCGGGAACGGUUCGUAGAACUGACGAAACACUGCCGCUCGGUUCUCUGCUGCAGAGUAACGCCCCUGCAAAAGAGCGCAGUGGUGAAACUGGUCAGGGACAAGCUCAAAGUCAUGACACUAGCUGUUGGUGACGGUGCAAAUGAUGUCAACAUGAUCCAAGCGGCUGACAUUGGCAUUGGGAUAUCCGGUCAGGAGGGCAUGCAGGCGGUCAUGGCGAGCGACUUUGCCAUAUCACGCUUCAAGCAUCUGAGAAAGCUUAUCCUCGUCCAUGGACACUGGUGCUACACUCGAUUGGCCAACAUGAUUAUUUAUUUUUUCUAUAAGAAUGUGGCCUAUGUGAACUUGCUGUUCUGGUAUCAGUUCUUCUGUGGAUUCACUGCCACAACAAUGAUCGACUAUUGGCUGAUGAUCUUCUUCAACCUGUUCUUCACCUCUACUCCACCCAUCAUGUUUGGCAUCUUUGACAAAGAUGUUUCAGUGGAGGUGCUGCUAGGAGUUCCUGAACUGUACCGGACCGGUCAGGGAAAAGGGAAAUACAAUUUCCUAACUUUCUGGAUUUCCAUAUUGGACGCCUUCUAUCAAAGUCUGAUCUGCUUCUUCAUUCCAUAUUUGGCGUACCAGGAUUCAGACGUUGAUCUUUUCACCUUUGGAAUGCCACUCAACACGGCUGCUUUAUUUACUAUCCUGCUGCACCUCGCCAUCGAAAUCAAAUCAUGGACGUUGGUCCAUUGGGUUAUCAUGGUGGGCAGUGUGGCGCUGUACUUCAUUGUGACGCUGGCCUACACCGCCACCUGUGUUACCUGUAAUCCUCCAUCCAAUCCUUACUGGAUCCUCCAGAGCCAGAUGGCCGACCCCAUGUUCUACCUUAUCGUCACCCUCUGCACCGUGGUGGCUCUGCUGCCCAGGUACACGUUUCAUGUGCUGAAGAACUCUGUCGCCCCCUCCCCGCUCCUGCAAGGCAGGCGGCUGGACCGGAUGGGCCCCUCCACGCGGGACCAGUGGAUCAAGGAGUGGAGGGGCUUCAGGGGCGGAGCGGCGCCGGCCAAACGCUACGAGCUUUCCGACCCGCCCUCUCCCGCCCCGGAGAGCCCCGUGGACUUCUUGCCCGAGUUUCUCGCCGACUCUGACUUCACGGGGGACGAUCUGAGCCUGAACGUCAUCACAGAGAGCCGUCAGGGGGCCGUGCGCACGUGAGGCACGGAGGCAAACCGCGCGGCGAGGCGAGAAGCGCCGCGACGAUCAUUUUAUUCGGGAAACUGUAAAUGUCUUCACUGGCAACACGUGCGACUCUCGGAAUGUGAUUAAUCCUGCAAUAAACUGCCUCAGUAAAGCGCGCACGGACCUGCCCUCCUCCUCUCGUCAUCAGAGAGCGAUGCAUAAAGCCUGUGACGAUCACGGUGGGAUUUCAGGAGGCGGUGCUAACCCAGUUAGUGGCCGCCGCCCACCUUUACAAAGACGCACCUUUGUCCAAUGUCUCCAAUAUUACCUUCUCACCUGUUUCAGCCCAAACAAACAAAGCGAUCGUGCACACGUGUGCGUCUGCUGACGGCGCGUCUUCAUUAAAACAAGAACACAAAAAAUAAAUAAAUAAAAAAAUCAAAUGAAAACGAAUCAGGCGGAAAAUUGGUUUCUGCGCUUGCAAAUCCUGGAGCUUUUUAUGGAAAUGGAGUGUGCGCAAGCACAUCCACUCGCAAAAAGGGCUGAGUUAUCAUGGGCAUACUUCAUUAUACAGCAGCGGCUCCGCUUAUAUAACGCGCUGCGGCCCGCGGUUAGAUCCCUGCUGCCCUCUAGCGGUGAACGCGAGGGGCUGUGAGAAGGUCACACGGGACACAGGGAGGCAGGGACUCAGACUGCUUGGAUUUGGAUUCACCACAAGAGAGCUGUGGAACUGUGUUCCUAAGAACAACAAUAAGAAACAUAAUCACCAGUUUCAUAGAAGACUUGAGAUACCUGCUUAUGAACACCACAAAGGGCAUGAUGAUGCCAUAUCCGACUACAGGUAGCGUGAGUCUGCUCUGCUUGUUUUUCUGGAAAAUCCUGCAUCCCGGUACUCACUUUGAUACUCGGAUGUGUUUACACACAAUAAAUUGCAACAGCAUUGUUCCCUCAGCAAUAUGGCUGCACUGAAAUAUAAUCAAACUGAAUGAGGUCUGCUCAAGUUUAAGACCAUCAUGAGGCCCCUGCUGCCCUGUAAUUACCUAAAUUGAGGGUGUGCAACAUGGUAAAAAAAAAAGGUAUUUUAACAGUUUUUAGUGUAAAAGCCCAAUCAUUUCAUCAAAUGCUUGCUAUGAGAUCACAUACUUCCAAACUAAGAACAUAAUCAGCAAAAAGGCAAAGAACAUUUCUCUAUGAAUCUGGUUCCUAAUUUAGCCCACUUGUGUCAAAAAUAACUAAGAUGUGAUGCAUGCAUGGACAAAUUUUAGACUGGAAGCACAAAUCCGUCUUGCUCUACCACAGAAACAUGUUUUAUUUAAUGAUUUAAAAAAAAAACUCCAACUGAAAUUUACUCUUGCUGAAUAAAAGCUGGUUUAUGAAGCUAAGGAAAAGGAGGUAAAAGAAACUGACUAGGUUUAACAGGACAGAACGAAGAUUAUUAUUCCUUAAAGCAAAUUUCUCAAUUUUGGUAUAACCCCACUUUGUUAUAAUCUGUCACAGUAUAACCCAAACACCCAUUUGUUGUUGACUGAUUCUUGAUAUCACAUUCCCCCCAUCUCUCUUCCUCAUGUAAAAACUCAGGUAACAUGAAUUGUGAUUUGGGAUAAGCCAAAAAAUAAAAGUCAAUCACCAAACAACCACAUUUAGCAUGUUGUGAAUACAUUCAGUCCUUCUCGAUAAGAAGGCAAACAACUGAAAUAAAAUGUAACGUAAAACCAUGAAAUUAAAUUUUAAAUGUGCGGAAAAAGCGAAAACAAGUUGCCGCAAAUAUACCCAUUGUGUUUUUACGUUAAGGUGUGACACAAUAAACUGGAAACACUUGUUUUUUCUUGAUCACAAGAAUUUGCACUCUUGGUUUCAGUCCAGCUGAGACAGAAGC